UCUCUCUCUCUCUCUCUCUCUUCUACUGUAGUGUUUUUCUGUCAUGCAUUGCCAGAAAAGCCAUGCAUUUUCUCCAACAACCAAAACCCUAGAAAUCUCCGAUCCUGCUCGUCAACUCCGCCAGAUCUAGAACCUUCCAAGUCUUGGAGGGUUUUAGGCGGGGAUACGGUGUCUUUUCAAAAUGGAAGCUCCAUUGGCGCUUUCCAGCGAAGAUCUUGUGGAAAAGCCUCAAGCUUCAACUUUACCAAAGCAAUCUUCUUCCAAUUCAGCAGAAAGUGUCAAAAGAAGUUCAAAAACUACGAAAUCGGGCAUUUCGCCUGUAACUAGGGUUUCUGGACCAGUUGUUUCAAGCAGGAAAAGAGCAGAAGGAAAGGCUGUUUCAGAAUCGACUUUGAAUACAGUUAAAUCUAGCUUAACAAGGCCGACCCUUAGCUCAAAUGCAGCUAACUUGAAGAGAAGAAACAGUACUGGAGGCGUGCUAGAGAAGAAGACGAAUUCAGUUUCAAAACAACCAGAUGGAGCGAAUUCAGUGGUUGAAAAACGAGUCACUCAUUCAAUUUCCGGGCAGGGUCACCAAUCCCUCACAGAAAGUAGACGGGCAUCUUUGCCUUCAGUUAGUGCUAAAACUCCAGCACGGGCAAGUCCCUUGGAUGUGAAAAAGCCACCCCCAGUUUCACCUGUGACUAGAGUUUCACGUACAUCACCAAGAUCUGAUAUCAGCAAGCAAGAUUCUGCUCGGAAACCUGCUGUUAAACCAUCAUUAUCUGUUUCUACUUCGAAGAGGGUUCCUUCUUCGUCAUUGGAUAGUAGUGGCAGCAGUAGUUUGAGAAGGAUGGUUUCUAAGGCCUCUUCUCCAUCAGCUCGUUCACCUUCGGUUACAAGUGGCUUGAAGUUUGGGUCUCUGUCAUCAUCAGUAGACAGAGGUUCUUCUUUAUCGGGUCGAAGGAAGGCAUCCACUCCGGACAGUCGAGAUUCUCGCUUUAUGAUGCUCCCACAGGUGGAGGUUAAAGCCGGGGAUGAUGUGGUAAUCACUAGGCUUGAUCUUAGGGGUCAUAGAGUUCGCAGUCUUGAUGCCAGCGGGUUAAACCUGUCACCAAAGUUAGAGUUUGUUUAUCUCAGGGACAAUCUUUUAUCAUCUUUGGUGGGAAUUGAGAUUCUGAAGCGGGUGAAGGUUCUUGAUUUGAGCUUUAACGAUUUUAAAGGGCCUGGUUUUGAGCCACUUGAGAAUUGCAAAGCCCUACAGCAACUGUAUCUUGCUGGGAAUCAAAUCACAUCACUUGCAAGUCUUCCUCAACUUCCUAAUUUGGAGUUUCUAUCAGUUGCUCAAAACAGGUUGAAGUCUCUUUCCAUGGCAAGUCAGCCUCGACUUCAGGUACUAGCUGCAAGCAAAAACAAAAUAUCAACACUGAAGGGUUUUCCGCAUUUGCCAGUUCUUGAGCAUUUGCGUGUGGAGGAAAAUCCUAUACUGGAGAUGCCCCACCUAGAAGCGGCUUCCAUAUUGCUAGUUGGCCCUACUCUGAAAAAGUUCAAUGACCGAGAUCUUGCUCGGGAGGAGCAAGAAAUUGCAAAGCGCUAUCCUGCUCAUACAGCUUUAUGCAUCAGAGAUGGUUGGGAGUUUUGCCGCCCAGAGCUUGCUGCAGAUUCGACUUUUCGCUUUCUUGUUGAACAAUGGAAAGACCAUCUGCCUCCGGGCUACAUCCUCAAGGAAGCCUCUGCCGACCCACCAUUUGAAGAAGAUGCUUGUCACUGCCACUUUAUUUUUGCAAAAGACCGCACACUGAGCAGUGAUUCUGAAUUAGUUCUGAAAUACCAAUGGUUCAUAGGAGAAAAAACUCCUACGAAUUUUGUGGCUAUCGCUGAUGCAGAAGGAGAGGUUUACUGGCCAAAGCAUGAGGAUAUUGACAAAUUUCUGAAGAUUGAGUGCACUCCCGUAUUAAGAGAAACUGAGUACCCCUCUAUAUUUGCCGUUUCUUCGCCAGUUGCUCCUGGAACUGGAUAUCCGAAGGUUCUCAAUCUGAGUGUGCAAGGGGAACUUGUGGAGGGAAAUGUUAUAAAGGGCUUUGCCGAGGUUGCGUGGUGUGGUGGGACUCCUGGGAAAGGUGUUGCCAGCUGGUUGAGGCGAAGAUGGAAUAGUAGUCCUGUAGUAAUAGUUGGGGCUGAAGAUGAAGAGUAUCGGUUGACUAUAGAUGACAUUGAUUCAAGUUUGGUUUUCAUGUACACUCCAGUGACAGAAGAAGGGGCUAAGGGAGAACCUCAGUAUGCAAUGACAGAUUUUGUAAAAGCAGCUGCUCCCUCAGUCAGCAAUGUACACAUUCUUGGAGAUGCUGUUGAAGGAAAUACAAUCAAAGGGACUGGGGAAUACUUUGGAGGAAGAGAAGGUCCCAGCAAAUUUGAAUGGCUCCGUGAGAACAAGGAAACUGGUGAUUUUGUGUUGGUGUCAUCUGGAACUGCUGAGUAUACUUUGACCAAAGCGGAUGUAGGGCGUCACUUGGCAUUUGUAUAUAUACCUAUCAACUUUGAGGGGCAGGAAGGGGAAUCUGUAUCUGUUACUACUGAGAUUGUGAAGCAAGCCCCUCCAAAAGUAACUCAUCUUAAGAUAAUUGGAGACCUGAGGGAAGGAAACAAGGUCACUGUAGCUGCUACUGUCACUGGGGGUACUGAAGGAUCUAGUCGAGUUCAGUGGUUUAAAACAAGUUUUUCAGAGUUGGAAGCUGAGAAUGAUCUUGAAGCUGUAAGCACAUCCAAAAUCGCGAAGGCUUUCCGCAUCCCCCUAAGUGCUGUUGGUUACUAUAUUGUUGCAAAGUUUACACCUAUGGCUCCAGAUGGAGAAUGCGGUGACCCGGCAUAUGUUAUUUCUGAAAAGGCAGUUGAAACUCUUCCUCCAAGCCUAAAUUUCCUAUCCGUAACUGGUGAUUAUUCUGAAGGUGAAAUAUUGACAGCAUCAUAUGGGUAUAUAGGGGGUCAUGAAGGCAAAAGUCUCUACAAUUGGUAUCUUCAUGAGAUUGAAACUGACACAGGUGCUUUAAUACCCGAAGCAUCCGGGCACCUUCAAUAUCGGAUAAGAAAAGAUGCUAUUGGCAAGUUCGUUUCUUUUAAAUGUACUCCGGUACGUGAUGAUGGAACUGUGGGUGAGCCAAGGACGUGCUUGGGACAGGAGCGGGUUCGUCCUGGAAGCCCAAGACUUCUUUCCCUGCAGAUAUUGGGGAGGGGAAUUGAAGGUUCCACACUGCACGUCGAGAAGAAAUAUUGGGGAGGGGAAGAGGGAGAUUCAAUUUUCCGUUGGUUUUUGAUUGGUCCAGAUGGAACACAAAAUGAAAUCAAAGAUGCAACAACUGCAUCAUAUACCCUAUCGAGGGAUGAUAUUGGCUUCCUGAUUUCUGUUUCCUGUGAACCUAUCAGAAGUGACUGGGCCCGUGGUCCUACCGUUCUUUCUGAGCAAAUUGGACCUAUUUUACCUGGCCCACCAACUUGUCAGUCUCUACAAUUUGUUGGAUCAUUGAUGGAAGGACAUUCUCUAAACUUUGUUGCCUCAUACAGUGGAGGCGAAAGAGGCAAGUGUACCCAUGAAUGGUUUAGGGUGAAAGGUAAUGGUGCAAAGGACAAGCUAAGUGGCAAUGAGUUUCUGGAUUUGACUUUGGAGGAUGUGGGUAAAUGCAUUGAGCUUGUGUACACCCCUGUCCGUAUGGAUGGAUUGAGAGGAGUUCCCAAGAGCAUUGUCUCAGAUGCUAUUGCUCCUGCGGAUCCUCUGGGUCUUGAACUUGUCAUUCUAGAUAGUUGCGAGGACAAAGAAGUGGUUCCACAGAAAUCAUAUUAUGGUGGACAGGAAGGCAAUGGGGAAUAUGCCUGGUACAGAAGUAGGAGAAAGUUGCAGGGAUCUGAGCUGAUGAAUAUGUCUGAUGCUUCUGAAGAUGUACUUUUUAUAGGAAAAACUUUGUCAUAUAAGCCAUCGCUAGUAGACGUGGGAGCUUAUUUGGCCUUGUAUUGGGUGCCCACUCGUGCUGAUGGGAAACGUGGAGAGCCACUGGUUGCAAUUAGUGACCAUCCAGUCAAUCCUGCUCUUCCCGUAGUUUCCAAUGUUCAUAUUUCUGAGUUGUCUUCUGGUGUAUAUUCUGGAGAAGGAGAGUAUUAUGGUGGAUAUGAGGGAUCAAGCCUAUUUAGCUGGUACAGAGAAACUAAUGAAGGGACCAUUAUUCUCAUUAAUGGAGCUAACUCUAACACCUACAAAGUUACUGAUGAUGACUACAAUUGUCGCUUGUUGUUUGGCUACACACCUGUUCGCUCGGAUUCAGUUGUGGGGGAACUCAGAUUAUCUGAGCGUACUGAUAUUAUUCUCCCAGAGCUUCCCAAAAUUGAAAUGCUAGCUCUCACCGGAAAGGCAAUCGAAGGAGAAAUACUAACGGCAGUGGAAUUGAUCCCAAAGAGUGAUACUCAAAAACAUGUUUGGGACAAGUAUAAGAAAGACGUUCGAUACCAAUGGUUCUCUUCAUCAGAAACAGGGGAGCAGUCCUUUGAACCAUUACCUUCACAGCGUUCAUGCUCAUAUAAGGUGCGCUUGGAGGAUAUAGGUCGAUACCUGAGAUGCGAAUGCAUUGUUACAGAUGUGUUUGGGAGGUCGAGUGAGCCAGCAUCAGCAAUGACUGCUUCCAUUUUGCCAGGAAUGCCCAAGAUUGAUAAGCUGGAGAUCGAGGGCAGGGGUUUCCACACGAAUUUGUAUGCUGUUCGUGGCAUAUACACUGGAGGAAAGGAAGGCAAAAGCAGAAUUCAGUGGCUUAGAUCGAUGGUUGGAAGUCCUGAUCUUAUCUCUAUACCUGGUGAGGAAGGGAGGAUGUACGAAGCUAAUGUUGACGAUGUGAGUUAUAGGCUGGUUGCUAUUUAUACUCCAGUAAGAGAGGAUGGAGUUGAGGGACAGCCUGUUUCUGCAUCAACAGAACCAAUUGCAGUUGAGCCUGAUGUCCAUAAAGAAGUGAAGCAGAAGCUGGAUCUUGGAGCUGUGAAGUUUGAGGCAUUGUGCGACAGAGACCGCUCGCUAAAGAAGGCUCCAGGUGCAGGGACUCUAGAAAGAAGAAUUCUGGAAGUUAACAGAAAGAGAGUUAAGGUUGUGAAACCUGGAUCGAAGACAUCUUUUCCUGCUACUGAAAUCCGUGGAAGUUAUGCACCUCCUUUUCAUGUGGAGCUAUUCCGAAAUGAUCAGCAUCGCUUGAAGAUAGUUGUUGACAGUGAGAAUGAAGUGGACCUGAUGGUACAGACCCGCCACAUGCGAGACGUGAUUGUCCUUGUGAUCAGAGGCCUUGCUCAGAGAUUCAACAGCACCUCCCUCAAUUCCCUCCUAAAAAUAGAGACGUAGGCUCAAUGUGCAAGGAAAAAAAAAAAAGAAGAAAAGAAAGGAAAACAGGAGAUUAGCCCUCAAAAAUUCUUGAGGUAUAUGUGUGAUUAAUUGUUUGGUUUCUUUCUUAUUUUUGUUAGCCGUAGCACAUUGCAGAAUUUUUUAUUUUUAUUUUUUGAAACUUUUUUAUUUGGAGUGAGGUUUGUGAGUCGGAUGUAUUAGUGCUAUUGGAAGGUAAACAAGGGGUUCCAAAUGCACAUUUGGUGUAAAUUAUUGUGUACGAUGUGAUAAUUGAUAUUCUUAUUAUGUAUUUAUGUGCUUCUCUAUA